AAAGCUGAUCGUGUUUUAUGGCGUUGCGAUCCAGAAAACCAUGUUCAAGGCGUUACCUACGAAGAGCUAACUCGACUGCUUCAAGGAUAUGUGGAGAACGAGGUGGAUCUCAAUAGCGACGGGUCAUGCAGUCAGAGCUGCCCCGAUUACACCAACACAACUAAGAUGGGAUGCUUCGAUCAAAAGUUCUGUUCUCAACAACCUUCGUGCUCUGGUCGAAUUCACGAUUGUCAGUUCAUAGAGUCGGACUUAUCUGUAUGUCAAUCACCGGAGAGCAGCAAUCGUCGCUAUGACUACAUUCAAUAUAGUGACGGGCCUCGAUUUGGAGAGCGCGAGAAAUGUUGGCGUGACGUAAACAAUGUGGAGAGCUGGAGGAGAUUGUUUUACAAAUGCAGCUACUGCUUCUGCCUAUGUGAUGAACCGGGUCCAAGGUCUGAUCGAUACUUCAAUCUUCGACCAGUUGUAUCGGAUGUGUGGGAUAACAAAGUUGUGACUGGAGUGCGGUUUGUGAAGAAGAAUCGCAUAAUCCAUUUGCAAAUACAACAGGGUCAACUCUUGCCCCGAGGUGCGAUCAACGAAUCAACUGUUGAGUGGAAGCCCAUUGAUGACUACAAAAUCGAUGAUUUCAAUGUCACCGAGGGAGUCGACUACCAUGCAAUGAAUUAUGAAAACCGACGCGUUAGCCUGGAUGACAUAACAUAUACAUAUGGUCGAAUAUAUAUUGUAGACGGCGUGGGUUUCAGUGUGAAAGGUGGAAGAUUGAGUCUCAAAGUAUCUCAUGGCAUUUAUUGGUUUGAAAAGGGUGAACUAAAUACAUAUAAUAUAAAAAGGCCCAAAGAAGAUUUAACGAUGUUGGUGGUUUCGAGUUUGCGUGGGAUAUUUGAUUUAGAAUACGAAAAAUUAAACAUCGAUAAUUUGGAUGUACCAACACGAUCAACACACAGUUCAGAGCCACUGUCCAAAAAGGAGCAAUAUGUCAAAUUUGUCAAUACGGGAAUGGAAAAGGAUGCGGCACAAACCACGAUUCCAUUUCUGGAUAUGCAGGAUGUUGCUUCAAAUCCGCCAGUUCCGUUGUCCGGCAUUGGCCUCUACUAUAAAAGUAGUCCAGGUUAUGGUGGAUUUAUCGCUCCCAGAAUUAUCAGCUAUGAUAUCGCAGAUUAUGUUCGGUUGCCAAUUUCGGAGCCGUAAAAUAUAUUACACUAUUUAUUUAUAAAAGGUUUCUUAAAAUUUUCAUUUACAAUAAAAUUCACUU